AAUUGCAACGUAUUAGGGCUAUGAGACCUGCCUGGACUUUCAACGUGCUUUCUAGAAGCCUUUCGCUACUGCGCAUUGUACUGCCAAGACAAUGUUUCCAUUUAUGUGGACAGCUGCAGGGAACGUAUUGCAUCGACAAAAACAAAAAACAAAAAAAAAGAAACCUACAACAGUGAACGUCACAUUGUUUGAGUUUUUUUUCAGAUUUAAGUCUUCUUUCUCACAGUGAGGUUUUACGUACUUAUACUGAUGCCACUAGCAUUUUAUACUAUGCAAUUUAGCAGAAAUUACCAAUUCUCAAACAAUGGAAUCAACAAAGCUUUGAGCUGCUUUCAACCAGCAACAUUGCUCGAAGGAAUUCCCACCCAUCCGACGCUGAGCGCGCUGGCGACGGUGCUGCUGCUCUACGGUGCGUGCGUGCGAGGCUACCACGGUUUUCGCCGCCAGUGGGCGCAAUUCACGGGAUGCGUGAGCGUGAACGCCAACACGUCACUGGUCACGAUGAGCGGGAGAUGCGGCGCCCGGAGGAUGUACCAAACGUUCGCCGACAUGGUCGCGGCGAACUGCAGCAACUGCGACAACUUCUUUCCCUGCAAGGCGCACUACCUGGCCGCCAAGUGUGACGGGCAGGAGUCCAGCAGAGUCGCCGAAGUCGUCAGCCUCUGUUGGAAACAAUUUCGGCGCGAUGAGCACGCGAACGGGCUUGGAAACGAGGAGGCUGAAGAGUCCGGGAGGAAGGGCGGUGACUGCACAGAACGCUACUUGCUUCGCGAGGACUGCCAUUACAGGCCCUCCAACGGCGGGUGCAGGCCAUUGACGUAAAGGCCGCGAACGAUCGUUGCCGCUACUUGAUACAGCGUUCUGUACAAUAUUAUGAUACAAUUUUCUGAUGUAGUUGUUUAAGAAAGUGUACUUUUCUAUUUACUUGAACAUAGUUAUUUUUAUGCGCAA